AUGGCCAAAAUCGCCGCCUCCGCACAGUCGGAGCUCAAGUCCCAGAUCGAUGCCCUGACGGCGGAUCCCAACGGGGCUCCCGGGGUGGUGUUCGCGGCCGUGAAUAAGAAUGGCGACAUCAUGUUCGAGCACGCCUCCGGCAAGGUCGGUGCAGGCAGAUCCGAAGAUAUGAGCCUCGACAGCGUUUUCUGGAUUGCCAGUUGCACCAAGAUGAUCACGGGAAUCUCCGCCAUGCAGCUCGUCGAGCAGGGCAAGCUGGCCCUUGAUGAUAUCGAUUUGGUGGAAAAGUUGGCGCCUGAGUUGAAGGCGGUACAAGUUUUCGAGAACGGCAAGCUCGUACCGAAGAAACGUGGUAUUACGUUGAGGAUGCUGUUGUCCCACACUGCUGGCUUCGGCUACUCCUUUUUCGACCAGCGCCUCGUCGACUGGGCUGGAGCGCAGGGUCUCGAUGAAUUCUCUGGCUCAUUCCACGACUAUCUCUCGCAGCCCCUAGUCAACCAGCCCGGUGAAGCGUGGGAGUACGGCAUCAACAUCGACUGGGCGGGUCAACUAGUCGAGCGCGCUUCCGGACUCAAACUCAACGAUUACUUCCAGGAACACAUCUUCAAACCCCUUGGCCUGAAGAAUAUCAACAUGUUCCCACAUGACGAGAUGAAGCGAAACCUGGCGUUCAUGAAUGCUCGCGCCCCGGAUGGAAGCCUGUCACUGAACCCAGACGGCCAUUUGAAUCGAAGGCCGCUAUAUGCUAAGGGCAAAGAAGAGAUCGACGGAGUCUUCCAACAGGGUGGCGCCGGCUGUUUCGCGAAGCCCACCGAAUACGUCCAGAUCAUUGCGGCAUUGUUGAACGACGGUGUCCAUGCCGGUACUGGAAAUAGGAUCUUGAAGAAGGAGACGGUCGAUUUGAUGUUUUCGAACCAGAUUCCCGAGUUCCCCAAUUUUGCUCGCCAGGCCAUCGAUCCGCCAAAGAGAUUACUCUCGAACCCCCUGCCGGAGCUCUAUCCCGAGCCACACGACAUCCCGCAAGGCUGGGGCUUGACGUUCUUCUUGCAUCUCAAAGACUCGGCCGUGCACAGUGAAGGCACGGGAUGGUGGGCUGGAUUGCCAAACUUGUUCUGGUGGGCCGACCGGAAAAGGGGUAUUGGUGGUAUGAUUGCAUCGCAGAUCAUCCCCUUCGGGAGACUGAUCAUGACACAAUCCGUGCGAACAGGCGAUCUCAAAAUCAUGGGCCUGUGGGGCCAGCUCGAGGCCGGAAUCCUUCAGAAUCUGCAGCAGUGA